AGUUUAUUUUUGUUAAUAAUAUUAAGUUGAAAUAAUGAUAAAUACAGGAACUUCUUUUAAGGAUAGGUUUAACCAGCAGCAACUUCGUCAUAUCUAUUCUGAGUAUGAUACACAUGCUGUUUCUCUUGCGCUUGUCAUUGUAUCAGUAUUAUGUAUUCCAUUUGGGGUCACCAUUAUAGUAGCUAGCGAUUCGAUCAGGGAGGUUACCUUUCGCUAUGAUAAUCUAAACAGUUACACUUACGUAGAAGGUCCCGAAGGAACCUACCCAGUUACCUUCGAGUUUGAUGGGAAAAAAUACUCUACAGGAGCGAUCGCUAGGUUGGAUUUUUCUCUAAAGAAGACUAUGUCUGCCCCAAUUAUGGUCCAGUAUGGUCUUAAAAAUUUUAAUCAAAAUUAUCUAAAGUAUGUAAAAUCAUUGGAUCAUAAUCAACUUCAAGGUGGAAGAAAUGCUAUCAUUAGCAGUUGCAACCCCCUUCGUUAUCCAGGAGAAUUACGUAACGAAAGUGUUGAUGGGUAUUAUAGCCCCUGCGGUGCAAUUGCUUGGAGUCUAUUUAAUGAUACUAUCUCUAUUUAUAAAACUCCAAAAGAUCUUAUAUGUGACGGAGGAGCGUUUGAUGAACGUGGAACCAGUCUUCUCGAAUCAAACAAAUGCAUUAAAAAAGGUGUAGCACUCCGUAGUGAAGUCAAAAUUCGACACAACACCCCUAACAAUACGAAUAACGCUGGCCCUAUGUGGACGGCCAAAGGGAAUAAAUCAUCAAGUAAUCCUUUCCUAAGGCAUGGGUACUAUUUUGGCGAAGCUGGACAUAAAAUUCCUUGGAUUACAGAUGAGGAUUUUGUUGUCUGGUCUAAUGUAGCUUAUUUGCCUGAUUUUUAUAACAAUUAUCGCAUUCUUAAAAGUGAUUUGAAAGCUGGUGACUAUUAUUUUGAGAUAAUAGAACAAUACGAUGUGGCAUCGUUUUCAGGCCAAAAAUACGUAAAAUUGUUGUCGUACAAUUGGUUGGGUCAGAAGCAAUACAUUUUAGGCAUUUUUUUGCUAUUUGUCGGAUGCAUUUUGUUUGUGGAUUCAGUCGCUGUGUUAGUCUCAAGAUAUUUUAUUCAUAAAUAAAGUAGCCAUUUCUGCAUAUUUCUUUCUACUUAAAUUGAAAUCUGUUACUAUUUUCUGAUAUUCAGUAUCAUAUAUCUAAAUUUUCGACAUCUAGUAUUUUUAUCAUUUCACUAUUUUUUUUGCUCGAAAUUUUUAUGUGCCUACUAUUAAAACAAUAGAAACCAAUCUGAAAGUAAAUUGAGGGCCUUCAUGUAAAAGAUUGUCGACCUGUGCCAAUCAUGUUUAUGAAGGUUACUCUUGGUUUUGUUGCUCUUUGUAUUAUCAAAUCGAAGAGGUUAAACUAAUUUCAUGAUAAAGAUUUGACUUAGUCUUUUUUUUCUAAAAAAAAUGU